GUUCCAAACCAAACGCAGCUUGCUUCCCAGCCGGGUGCGCCACGCUCGCAUCAGAGGCAUUAUAGUAGUCGAAAACCUCUGCGCAGGUGGCUCCCGCGGUCUGGAUACGGCUUGUCACCACAAAAUAGGCGGGAGCAGGGCGUGCCAGGGCAGCCGUCACUGGGAGAGGACUGGUGUGCAAAGAUGGACGCUUGACAUUUUUUCCAGGGAAUCAGACUGUGGAUUUACCUUCCAUAAAUUUUAUGAAAAGACAUGGCACUGUCUUUCUCAAUGCCUACACCAACUCUCCAAUUUGUUGUCCUUCCCGCGCAGCUAUGUGGAGUGGUCUUUUCACUCAUCUAACAGAAUCUUGGAAUAACUUCAAAGGUCUAGAUCCAGAUUAUGUAACAUGGAUGGAUCUCAUGGAGAGGCAUGGCUACCGUGCACAGAAGUUUGGGAAAGUGGACUUUACUUCUGGACAUCAUUCAGUAAGUAACCGUGUGGAAGCUUGGACUAGGGAUGUUGACUUCCUACUCCGACAAGAAGGAAGACCCAUGGUGAAACUUACAGGCCAUAAGAAGCAUGUUAGAGUGAUGGAAAAAGAUUGGUGGAAUACUGAUAAAGCAGUAAACUGGAUAAAGGAAGAAGCUGUUAAUCUUACUCAACCAUUUAUUCUUUACUUGGGACUAAAUUUACCACAUCCGUAUCCAUCACCCUAUGCGGGAGAAAAUUUUGGAUCCUCUACCUUUUUAACAUCUCCCUAUUGGCUUGAAAAGGUAAAUUAUGAAGCUAUUAAAAUACCCAAGUGGUCUUCUCUUUCAGAGAUGCAUCCAGUAGACUAUUACUCAUCGUACACCAAGAAUUGCACAGGAGAGUUUACAAAGGAAGAAGUGAGAAAUAUUAGAGCAUUUUAUUAUGCUAUGUGUGCAGAGACGGAUGCCAUGCUGGGUGAGAUCCUUUCAGCUCUGCGAGAUACUGGCCUUCUUGGAAAAACAAUCAUUAUGUUCACUGCAGAUCAUGGAGAACUUGCUAUGGAACACCGUCAGUUCUAUAAAAUGAGCAUGUAUGAAGGAAGUUCCCAUGUUCCUCUUGUAGUUAUGGGGCCAGGUAUAAGGGAACAGCAGCAAAUACCAAAUGUAGUAUCUCUUGUGGAUAUAUAUCCUACUAUGCUUGAUAUAGCAAGAAUCCCUGUCCCACAGAACCUCAGUGGAUAUUCUCUUAUACCGCUGCUACGUGAAAAGGCUGAGAGCCAAGCGUCACCCAGAGGGCCUCGACCCUCAUGGGUGCUGAGUGAGUUCCACGGCUGCAAUGUGAACUCCUCCAUGUAUAUGCUGAGAGCUGGCAAGUGGAAAUACAUCACAUACUCGGAUGGCUCUUCAGUACCGCCCCAGCUCUUUGACCUUACUGCUGAUCCAGAUGAGCUUACAAAUGUUGCCAUAACAUUCCCAGUAAUUGUAUUUUCCUUGGACAAAGUACUUCGCUCUAUAGUAAACUACCCAAAGGUUUCUUCUUCUGUUCAGGAGUAUAACAAACAACAGUUUAUCAGUUGGAAACAAAGUUUGGGUCACAAUUAUUCAAGUGUUAUUGCGAACCUUAGGUGGCAUCAAGACUGGUUAAAGGACCAAAAAAAGUAUGAGAAUGCAAUUGACAAGUGGCUUGGUAAGUAGAUACAGACAACCUGGAUUUAAUAUGAAUGAGGAUAUAAAAACAUUAUGCAUUUGUAAUAUUACACUGUAUAUCAAGUGUUAGAAUUAUUUUCUUAUGUAACCUAUUGAAAGUAAAGAUUCCUGAACAAUUACUGCUUUGUGUCAGAAAGCCAGGAGCAUUUUAUAUAACUAGCCAGCACAACAAAACUAGAGUUUUAGAUGUUACAGUUCUAUAACACAUAAAUGUACAUAGAAAGGGUACUAUGCAAGUACUAAUUGUGUGUAUGGAAUAUUUAGCUGAUUGCAAAAGUACAGAGUAUUAAGUAUUCAAACUCAAUAGGAAUUUCCAUUUAUAAGGACAUACUGAAGCAGGGAUUAUAAAAUUUAGUGAAGUAAGCUACCAGUUGUGUUUUAAGUCUAGAUUGAAUGCACAUUCAUCCACUUUAGAGAAGCUAUAGCAGUUAAAAUAUAAUCAAAAAGUUGGUAACCAGUACCGGUUUGAACAUAGAUGUGGUUUAUGCAAGUACUUAACUAUGUCAGCAUUCCUGUGUUAUAUGUGAUUGACUCCCCAUGUAUUCAAGAUCUGCCUGCUAACCUCUUGCUUUUGGAUCUGGUACUUACCACUCCCUGCUGUUUAAAAUUUCGUAACAUGCAUUAGGCUCCUAAUUGAACAUGUAUACAAGUGAAGAGGAAUCUGAUCUCCGGUCAUCGUCAGAAAUUAAAAAAAUCCCAACAAAACAAAAACCUCUUUCCAAAGCUAUAAAUAGAGCAGUUAUCUGAAAAGUGAUAGUGUGAUUUGCGUGACAUAAAAUAAAAACUGCUUGAAUGCAGUUAGAUUCUGCAAGUAAAUGCUUUAAUGUGCAUCAAUGAGUGGCAAACUGAAACCUGAAAUGUACACAAAGGAGACACAAUUGAAGCUUGCAGGAAGAGUUAACAUAAAAAUAUUAUUUCCCUUUUUCCAGUGAUCUCACAAAAAAAAUAAUUUUGGAAGAAGGUAAGAUUUAGGUAGUAACUCUUCCACUUAAGGGAAUAUGUAAUUACAGCAGCACUUACGUUCGCUUAUUCCUGGUCACCAUCAUUGCUGCUAUAGUAUCAGUUCAGAAUGACAUUGUACUUCAUACGUAAAAUAUUUUCUGGAAUCUGUUUUUGAAUGCUCAGUAGUAGCAGUAAGCCAGUAACAAUAAACAUAAAAAUAAGACGUAUUUUCUGACGGCUACACGCUCAUUUCAUAAGCAACUUACCACAUGGAAUUAAAAAAAUCUUCAAACCCUGUAGCACAUGCCAUUAUAAUUCUUAUUGACAUCAGUUCAGGUACAGUUGAAAUUACUUAAACAAAAUAAAUGGGCUGGAAGUUUGUUCGAAAGAGCAAAGCAUAAAGUAAUUUCAUCACUUUCCAGACAUCUGGACAGAAUGCAGUACAUUUUACAAAAAGGAAUCAAAUAAAAAUAUGGCCAACUGGA